CUUUACUUCGGAAAGCCAUCCGGUCUUUUGCGCUCUCGUUGCAGUCAGACGCCCAAACUGUCUAGAGUCGAUCUUGCAAUCUUAUCGGAUGGUCGUGGCCGAGUCAGAUAUUGUAUGAAAAGCACCUGACGCACAGAAUAGUGGUGAUCUCAGAAGACAAUAAGCAGCAUUUCACUGAGCCGAGACGAGCAGAGAAGCAACAGCGAAUUCUCGUCUGCAUCGAGCCUAUCGCAUGCUGCGGACAAUCGUAUAUUGAACGUUACGCAGAUUCUGAUCAGAUCACCAGGCUUUACAUCUACAGCACCAACACCCAGCACUGGCCGGUAUCUGCUCAUUCACCAUCCCCAGCGCAAGAAACAUCAUCACAAUGUCUGCGCUUACAACCGACCUCUCCUCCUACUUGGCCCUUAUCACAGGCGCGACCGGCGGCAUCGGUCACGCAACAUGCCUGUCGUUGGCGCGCUUGGGCUGUAGCAUCGCCGUACACUACAACAGCGCUGCAGACACUGCGAAAAGCCUCGUUUCACAGCUCCAGUCAAUGGGCGUCAAGGCAUCGUCUUUCCAGGCUGACCUGAGCAGCUACGACGGGGCACGCAACUUACAUGCUGCUGUCGUACGUGAGAUGGGUCAACCAACCAUCCUGUUCAACAACGCUGGCUUGACGCUGGGCAAGUCUGGCGUCAAGGACAUUUCGGAGAUCACUAUCGAAGACUUCGAGCAGACGUGGCGUGCAAACUGUGGGACAGCGUUUCUGCUGACGCAGCUUUGCUUGCCGAGUAUGGUGGAGAAGGGUUGGGGACGAGUGAUCUUCUGCUCGAGCGUGGCUGGGUUCACGGGAGGUGUGGUCGGGCCUCAUUAUGCGUCUUCCAAGUCCGCCAUGCACGGGCUUGUGCACUGGUUGGCUGGAGCAUAUGGAAAGAAGGGCAUUACUGUGAAUGGAGUGGCCCCAGCAUUGAUCGAGGAGACGAAGAUGUUACCAGGGAGCACCGAACUAGCAGCGAGAAUUCCAAUCGGCAGAUUAGGAAAGCCGGAAGAGAUUGCUGAAACCGUCGUCUGGAUGGUCAAGACUGGAUAUGUGCAUAACAAGGUCAUCUCUGUUGAUGGUGGCUUGUUCGUCCAGUGAGCGCCUCUGGCUCAAGAAGAUGCUUUGGCGUCGAUGGAGAGGGAAGAGACUGGAAAAGCUCAUCACAGCUUCAGCCACCAUCUUCCUUCUUCUUCCUGGCUUCCUCUUCCCUCUCUUUCUUUCGCUGCAGAUAUCUCUCCUUAGCACCCAUCUUGUCAGC